AUGGCUGCCCCUGUCCAGGGCUCACGCGGUAGGGCUCUGGACCUCUUGCGUGCCCUGCCACGAGUUAGCCUGGCCAAUUUAAAGCCGAAUCCUGGCUCCAGGAAGCUGGAGAGAAGACCACGAGGUCGGAGAAGAGGUAGAAAGUGUGGCAGAGGCCAUAAAGGACAGAGGCAGAGAGGAACUCGGCCUCGACUCGGCUUUGAGGGAGGCCAGACUCCAUUUUAUAUUCGAAUUCCAAAAUAUGGAUUCAAUGAAGGACACAGCUUUAGACACCAGUAUCAGCCCUUGAGUCUCAAUAGACUCCAGUAUCUUAUAGACUUGGGUCGAGUUGAUCCAACUCAACCUAUUGACUUAACCCAGCUUGUCAAUGGGAGAGGCGUGACCAUCCAGCCACUUAAAAGGGAUUAUGGUGUCCAGUUGGUAGAGGAGGGUGCUGAUACCUUUAUGGCUAAAGUUAAUAUAGAAGUACAGAUGGCUUCAGAGCUUGCCAUUGCUGCGAUUGAAAAAAACGGCGGUGUUGUUACUACAGCCUUCUAUGACCCCAGAAGUCUGGAAAUUUUGUGCAAGCCUGUCCCAUUCUUUCUGCGUGGAAAACCUAUUCCGAAGAGAAUGCUUCCUCCUGAAACUCUGGUUCCAUAUUACACUGAUGCAAGGAAUCGUGGUUACCUGGCGGAUCCUGCCAGAUUUCCUGAAGCAAGACUUGCACUCGCCAAGAAGUAUGGUUACAUCUUACCUGAUAUCACAAAAGAUGAACUCUUCAAAAUGCUCAGUGCUCGCAAGGACCCACGACAGAUCUUCUUUGGUCUUGCUCCUGGCUGGGUGGUGAAUAUGCCUGAUAGGAAAAUUCUGAAACCCACAGAUGAGAAUCUCAUUAAGUAUUACAGCUCCUGAGCCCCC